GGUUACAAACGGUGCGUGAUUCACAAACCUUAUUUGUUCGUACUACUUUGAGCGCCAUCUUGUUUGUAACUCUUCUACGUAAGUGGUAGUUUCUUCCGAGGGGGUAUCCGAUUACCCUUUUUUCCAGCUUUAGACUGGGGACCUCUCCCUGUAGUACACGGGCGCUCAUCGCAUUCGCUUCGCCGCUUUUCUCUUCAGAUCUAAGCCAGUGUCUCCACCUGGACAGAAAUGAGCAUCGAAACGCUCCUGGAAGCAGCCAAGUUUUUGGAAUUGCAAGCCCAGCAACAACAGAAAGCACGUGAGGAUGAACUAAAGGAAAAGCUGCGUCUGCAGCAGCUGACAGAGCUGAGGCACUCGGACGUUAACUGUAACUCAACAACACACAUCAACAAUGUUUCUAAAGCAGAGGAGCUCCACAGCGAGUGCCGCCCUGCACCCAUACCGCCGUCUCUGCCUCCUCCCUCCAUGCCCAUCACGGUCAUCCCCAUCCCAGUGGUCACUCCCAACCACACGGGCUCACCCACCCUGCCUGUCGCCACGCUCUCUCCCCCGGCUGCUCCUCCGCUGGCCUCCCCUAAGAGAGACCCCCACUCCCCGCAGGAGCAGAGCGCCGCGGCUCUGCUGUGCUCUCCACAACCCAAACCUGACCACUCGAACGUGGUGACCACCAACCACAAGCCACUGAUCCAGAACCACCACCACCCGCAGCUCAUCACCCCAACUAACAACGCUAAACUGCAACAGCAGGCACACCAGCAGCUGCUCCAGCGCUAUCCCGGCUCCAUCGUCUCGUCCCAGCAGCAGCACGCCUUGCUCCCCCAUGCGGCCCACGUACUUCAGCAGGCUCCCCUACAGAACGGCCCCAUCAGCCGGGGGAGUCCGCCUGAUGACGGCCGCCUAGACGGCAAGAAGAGACCUGGAGGGACGGGCACAAGAGAAGUGCACAACAAGCUGGAGAAAAACAGACGAGCACAUUUGAAGGAGUGCUUUGAAACUCUGAAGAAGAACAUCCCGAACAUCGAUGAGAAGAAAACCUCCAACCUGAGUGUGCUGAGAAGUGCGCUGAGAUACAUUCAGACGUUAAAGCGUAAAGAGAAGGAGUACGAGCACGACAUGGAGCGACUGGCCAGAGAGAAGAUCGCGACCCAGCAGCGACUAGCGGAGCUGAAGAACGACCUGAGCCAGUGGAUGGACGUGAUAGAGAUUGACCGUGUCCUCAGACAGACGGUGCAGCCUGAGGAGGACCAGGCCUCAACCUCCACCGCCUCAGAAUGUGAAGACAUCAUGGACGACGAUCUAGAUGAAGAGGCCGCGCCGAGAGAGCCGUCGGCCUCGCCCACCGUGCCUCCGACCAUGAAACCCGAGCUGCACAAGACUGCAACACCCGCUCAGACCCCAGCUCUGACGCCCGCCACCACCACCACUACCUCCUUCAUCACCCAGCACAUCUCCAUCCAGCACAAAGCCCCUCUGCAGCAGCCCCAGGUCCAGCUGCUGCCCCCGGUGACUCCUCCGCAGCCGCUGUCCAAGCCCGCGGCCCCGCCCGCGCUCGCAGCCACUACAUCCAGCACUCCCGUCACCCCGAGCCAGCCCCUGAUCCCCGCCCAGGCGCAGAUGGUGACCACGCCCAGUCUGCACCCCACGGUCAUCGCCCACGCUUCGGUGUCCCACCCCUCAGUCAUUCAGGCAGUCAACCACGUCAUCCAGGGAGGGGGUCCCAAACACAUCGCCCACCUGGCGCCCUCCACCACUAGCUCGGUGCAGUUAGCCACGGGCCACCAGCACAUCAGCCACAUCACCGUGCACCCGGUGGCUCACCUGAGCCAGCACAUACCCACCCUCUACUCUCAACCGGUGGCCGUCACACAGCCAGCUGUGGUCGGUCACAUCACUCACACGUUGAACCACGCCCACCCCCACAUCAACGGCGCCGCGUCGGCCCAGCCAGCUGCCACCAUAGUUGGUAAGCAGACAGCAGUGAGCACCCAAAUGAUGGCGCACCACCCACAGUUGGUGGGUCAGACGGUGCUUAACCCUGUGACCAUGGUGACCAUGCCCUCUUUCCCCAUCAGCACUCUGAAGCUGAGCUGAAAACACCACGUGGCAGGACCACCAGGCUGAAAGCAGACACCCCGACAUAGAGGGGAACCCACAGGCCAGCGACAAGCCCCCCCACUAGGGCAGGAGAGCUGCCGGAGACCUCGAGAUCUGCAGAACUUAAUAUCAUUCACAAGCAUUACAGCGGACACAAACCUGGGAACAAUCCUCAGACCAACUGCAAACCUCCUACAGUACUAGUCUAGCACAGGUCCUGGUAGGACACACCGGGGCUACGUGUGGUUGAGGGUCGACACGCUGAGUGCGUGUAAUAAUAAUACACAGUGGGCUGGAGUGCAGCUCUGGGCCCUCGCUGGUUAUCUGUUGCUGCAUAUGAUGGAGCAGUAGUUAUUUUCAUGUUGCGCUGCCAGAACAAAGUCCAGACAGUGUGGGGUCAGGAGCUGGAGCCAUGACCAGCACAUUGAGAAUGUGAUUCAGAGGAGCUCCUCCUCCUCCUCCUCCUCCUCCUCCUCCUCAGCAGCCACAUGCUGCAGGACUGGAGCUAAAACAUGCACUGAACUCCAGCUCCUGCACUGGAGCCGCUGUCCUCGGUGAAGGUGCACACGACAAUGGCGCCCCCUGCUGGCUGUUUGCGUUUAGUGGAAAUCUACACCGUGUUGAGGGGGGGCAAGGAGGGGGGGUAAUCUUCCAGGGAAGUGUCAUGCUGCAGGACAUCAGUCACACAAUGACCACUGAGCAGAAGAAUGUGCAGUCUUGUUUGAGUGUGGGUUUUAGCGCGGGACUUACAAUCAUAUUGUUAACUCUCUCUAGUAGUUUUCCUUCAAACAUACUGGCAAUCAUACACUGAGCACAAGUAGAAGUUUUGGGAUAAUGUUAUAUCAGUAUGUAUAAAUAAUAUAAAUAAUUUAGUGGCAGUUUCUGUUCCCCCAUAAUGUCAACACAGGCAGAGGCAAGUUUACAUGCAUCAGCUUGAGUCAGGGACGUGAAGGCAGGAGAUAUUGAAUGUGAAUACACGAAAAGGUCCACGACGUAUAGUAAAGUGUGUUUCUGUGCUGUCUCGCAGGGCGAGUGGUAGUAGGAUGCGUGUUUGCCUGCUGCGACCGCUCGCCAGCCAUCAUGACUGUUGAUUUAGCGAUUACUACGGCGCUCGUGAACUUCAACAAAUUACUGAAUGCGUAAGAUGUUUGGCAGAGAUUUUAAGUUCUUUCUUUCAUAACGGGGGGAACGGUACAAAGUGACUUCAACAGCCGACAUGAAUCCAGUUAAUGUGUUUAUUCAAGACUUUCCUUUUUUCCAAUGCUAGCACUGUGAAAACUUCUGCUCCUCUCAAUAAACAAUCGACCUGCAGUUUAACAUAGCACUUAGCAGAACAGCAAUAUACUGUGCUCUUCUAAUUUAACCUGAAUGUACUGAUAUGUGAACAGAAGCAGAGUAGCGCAUUCAUCUGAAGUCGAACCCUUUUUCAAAAUUGCGAUUACUUUAUUAAAGUAUCAAAUGUACAUAAAAUGUAAACUGAUUUUGUAUUUUAAGAUUUACUGAUGCUUGUUUCAUUUGUAGAAUAACUUUUGUUUUAUGUAAAUUUUAUAAUAUAGCUUCUUUUCUGUUUAUUUCUUGGGACCAUGUACAGUGGGGGGGGGGUUACGACUACACAGACCUCUUCCCAUAUUCAUAUCACGUUCGGCCACUUUGGAAAGUAUUCGGUCCUUAUCUGCUUUGUAUUUUGAUUUGAUGCAAUAUGAUUACAGCAGGAUUUUAUUAAAAUAAAGAACUAAUUUAGUGCAAAGAUAAAUCAAGCUUCACAUUUUACGACAAUUUCCUUUUGAAAUCAUAUUGCAGCAAAACAAAAUGUGUAAGAGUUAAUGGGGAUCCAGAUACUUGAAGGAGCAACAAUAUACUUGUGUGUUUUCCCUAUGGAGAAAGUUCAAGUUGUGUACAUAUAGCCUGUAAAUGUUGGGCUGCAUUUAGUUCUAACUGUAUUAUGUAAAAAGCCUGGAAAAUAUGUAACAUUUAAAAUUUAUAUUAAAAAAAAAGAAAAAAAAGAAGGAUACUUAAUAAAUUGUAUUAUGUUUA